UAUAUUCAGUUGAAUCAUCCCCAUCUAUGCCAACGUAAGAGCAAAAUGUGGCUUUCUGCAGCUUAAUGUAACAAGAAGUAAAAAGGAAAGUCAUAAUAAGAAAAGGAAACGAAUAGAUGUUAUUUUGCAUAAAGUCUGCACUAAGUUAAAAGCUCAAACAGGAAGGAAGUUACCACCACUGUGCUAGAUGGUAGCGCUUCAGUGACAUGUGCUUGCUUUUGAGAAAACCAGCAAUCUUCAAAUUAGUAUUAGGAAUAAUUACCAUGUUUAUAUUGUGUUUACCUGAAUUUUUCAAAAUACAUGAAGCUAACACUGUAAUUGUGUCAUGCAUGGAUACCUGUUCAUCGAAUAACACCACUUUUCCCCUUUGCACUUUUAACAAUUCUUGCAAAAGAGCAGUGCAACAAAGAAGAGAAAACCAGAAUAUUUUGCUGAAGGCCAUUAUAAAUAAUUCUGAUUUCCAAAAUAUUCCAUGUAUUUGUCAGUCCUCCGGGAGGGAACAACAGUCCCAUACUAAACACACAGAGUGUGAAUCCAAGAGGGAUGUGAAUGCUGAUCAUCAAGGAUCAGAGUCAGUAGCUAAAAAAAUUUCCAAUAAAGAAGUAGAGCAUAAUACUUAUUACCUGAUAAUAAUACACAUCAACAAUUCUAUUGCUGGAGGAGGAAAUGCAGCUGAAGAACACCUAAAUCACUCUUGUCUAAUGGCAAUGAUGGAAGACCAAAAUGACUGUAUGAAUAUUUCACUGCAACUGAAGUCUUAUGUGGAAUAUCCAAUGUGUAUGACGAAGAUCAUUUGGCUCACUAUGAUUCCAGUAGUUUUUGUGCUUACUAUUUCAACUGUCAUCUACAAAAUAAUCCAAGAAAAUAAAAACAUCUAUUUUAAACACAGAGUAGCAAUAUCAGUUUCUACUAUUCUAAGAAGAAAGAGUUCCAGACAUUCAAGAAGAACCAUAUCUGCUACUAAAAUUCAUCCUUAUCCUGUGAAAACUAGCAAACAACAGAUUCCACUUACUGGACAGACCACAAAGAUACUGCCUGUAAUUCCUGAACAAGAGCAUUGUCAUGCGGAUCAACUCUAGAUUUAGAAGGCCUUGUGCUCCAGUAAUUGUUUCAGGAAGUCCACAUGUAAGGAAAUAAGUCUGGAAAGAAAUGUGCACUAAGAGGUAUCUCUUCCUGAAAGUACUUGUAAUGUCUAGAAACAGAACAGAUGCUACUUGAAUAAGUAAUAUAGACAAGGUUAUGCUGCUUGAACAGAUGAUAUUACUGUGUGU